GUGGCUUUAUUCACCUAGUCGAAGAAAAAUGGAGUCUGCAGUCCCAACAGUUCGGACUUCGACAUCUCCGAGAGUCAGUCCUCAUUCACUUCACGGAAAGCGAAAGCGGAAAACCCUCUCAUGCUAUGAGUGUAGACGACGGAAACUGAAGUGUGAUCGCGAAGAACCUUCGUGUACUCGCUGUAGGAAAGCCGGACAGCCAGAGAUAUGUUCAUAUGUUUAUGAUGCAUCGUCCCUCCCCGGAAGUCGACAGCCUUCAAAUACGUCAAGCUUUCUUCCGCCGUUAUCGUCCACAGCGCAACCCCAUGGUGUACCCUCGGGAAACCACGCUAUUCACUCCUCAUCGCCGCGAGUAGCUUCUCAGUUUCUCGAUAUAAGUGGCAAAGACUACGCACCAUCCAGCUUACAAGCCGCUCAAACUCAGGGAACAUGGCAACUACUAGGUCAUGUUUCGGUCCUCGACACCGGUGGUGUAAAAUCCCGGCCCGCUAUAGGCGCUGAUAUCAUGGACGCUUCUGCCGGAUCCCAGGAGUCAAUCCCAAAGGAGACAGUCAUUUUUCGUGGAGAGAAUUUUAGAACACAAUAUUAUGGUGGUAGCAACGCGACUAGCUCCAUCGCUCAUUUUCCGGAACUUCGAUCAUUCAUGAAAGAGACUAUACACAGUCAAACUUCUUUAGCACGUGUACAACGGGAACUGAAAUCAUUGCAAGUCAGAUGGAAAGGUAUUAGGGCCGAUGGUGCUUGGUUCCUGACGCACGAGGAGCUGCUCCACCUACUACCAGACCGGGAGGCUGCAGAUAGGCAUGUGACUCUUUACUUUGACACUGUUGAGUCGACAUAUCGAAUCCUACACUACCAGAGCUUUCAGAAACAGUAUGAGCUGUUGUGGCAAGACCCGAAGCAAGUUGACUCCGCGGUCGUCAUCAUUCUUCUGCUGAUCAUGGCUUCUGUUGAGGUUUUAUUCCCACAGGAUCAACCAGAAUACAUUGGUGAUAGUUCUGUGUCCAGAGAGAAGGCCAUUUUCUGGAUCGAAGUCUCCGAGAAAUGGCUUGCGCGCCAAAGUCACAAGCACGUUUAUCUUGCCAUUUGGCAAAUUCGUUGUCUACUUAUAUUCGCCAAGCAGAUUAACGUUGUGAAGAAAAAACGCAUAUGGACAGAAGCUGGCACAUUAUUACGGGAGGCUAUGUCUGCUGGAUUUCACCGUGACCCCAGCGUACUCGGAGAUAAGGUCUCCUUUUUUGAUCAGGAAAUGCGUAGGCGGCUAUGGGCUACCAUAAUAGAAAUGGAGCUGCAAAUUUCAAUUGAUAGAGGAAUGCCCUCUGCUUCGGCCGGAAUUCCCUCAGACACAGUUAAUGUACUCAAUGUGCAUGACGAAGAGCUAGAGAAAAGCAGUCGAUUAACAUCCAGACCACUCUGCGAACACACGUCAACCUCCUAUCUUCACAUUUCAAGGUUUAGCUUUUCGUUGCGGGUCUCGUUGAAUUCUAUAAUAAAUGAUCUAAGCUCCCCGUUGGUACACGAGACUGUGCUAAGGUACGAAGACAUGAUUAUGAAAGAACUUCAAAGACUUCAAUCGGAUACCGCAAGCAAAAGACACGAGCACGUCAACAAGAGGUCGUCUUAUGUGGUAAGGACAUUACUUGAUAUCCAGCUUCGACAAUUCUUGGUUAUGCUUCAUGCACCUUUUGCAUGUCAGACACAAACAAGCUCGCGGUUCUCACUGUCUAGAAUUGCUUGUCUCACCGCCGCAGCAGAGAUUAUCAGGAUGCAUUCAAACUUGGUCAAAACUGCAAACUUUUCUCUCUUACUCCAGAGAAACGAUUACUUCCGAGCUGGGCUUGUGAUAUGCCAAACUGUUUACGCUAACUUGAUGCUUACAAACAAUAUCUUCAUAAAUUCAAAUAACGCGAUUCUCAUCCAGUAUCUCGAAGAUGUUCUUGGAAUGCUGGAAAAACGAAUUACACAGUAUGGCACAGGUUACACUUAUUACUGGUAUAUAUCGGCUGCGUCCAAAUUCUUACAAUCUGCAUUGGUCCCCUCUGAAGGCGUGAGAGAGAAGGAAGAAGCCAUCAAUAGAGUGACAAGACAGUAUUGUCGUGUUUUAGAAUCGCAGGUGGAUGUAGAAAGGGCCAAGGAUAUGAUUAUGCCAAUGCAUCCGAGAAGUAUAAAUUCGUGCGGAAAUUUACCACUUCACAACCAUAACAGCGACAUGGCCAGUCUUCAACUGAUUCCUACAGAACAGUCUCAGGUCAUGCAGAUGGAUAUCCCCCUGGAUGAAUUCUUCUUUGGAAAUCCAGCUGCGUGGACAUUCGACAAUCUUUGGAGUAUUGACUGAAAAUGCAACUUCUUGUCAUUUUACAUACACAUCUUCUUGACUGUAAGAUUAUCUUUCAUAGUGUUUAAUGAAAGAGGAACUGAUGUCUGGAAUGCUUAUCAAUAAAAAAGCGCACAUCUGACGCUAUUCAUAGCAUUAAAAAUGUAAGUCUAGCUCUUGAAUGCAGUCCCUUUAGGAAGAGAGCUCGGAGUAUCCAUUCGUAAAUAAGAUUGGAUCAAGUGAUCGAAGGAAGGCGAAUAUUCGACUCUGGGAUUGAACGGUUCAAAGUCCCAUAAGUAACCCAACGUACGCAAGAUCGAUGAUGCCGAGUACGAGACAGUUUCGCCCUCAGAAUUGAGACUUUUUUGUUCAACAUAGGCCUUAGCAACCCAAGGAGAGAUCAAAAGUGUAGGAAUGCGGCCUCCCAGACGGUUGAAACUAAGGGUAUAGUUUUGACCAGACGGUGUUGUUGAAGUGUAAGUAAGAUUAUCCGGACGAGGAGCAAGAGGAGGAGGAACGUGAUCAUGGAAACCACCGCUCUCGUCAAAUGUUAAGAUGAACAAGGUCUGUUCCCACUGGGGGCUUGCACGUAAGGCGUCGUAAACACUCCGGAUCAGUUCCUCCCCAUCAGAAACAAGGCCACUAGGGUGCAUUGAAGUGGUGCCUACUCCACAGCAAGACGGAUUGAUGUAACUGAGCUCAGGCAAAGAACCAGCCGCAGCAUCCGUAUAGAAAUUCUCCAUGGCAACAAUCUUGUCAUUGUUGCCAGUCUCAUAAGUCCAACUGAAGUACCCAGCGUCUGGACCUGUACCGCCAGCAGUAUCCCAAUAAUUGGUCCAGGAGUGAUUUGUCUCAGUCAGUUGCUGCCAGAUUGAAGUCUGUGGAAAAACAUGUUCUGAGAAACCAUCAUCAUUUGUACCAUGCCCGUACGAUGUUCCAGAUACAAUCGCAGCUCGAUUAGG